AUGGAGGUCCUGCAGAGGCAGCAGGCAGCCCGGCUGGCCCAGGGGGUGGGGCCAUUGGCCCCUCCACACCCACUGCCACCACCACGGCUCCCCUUGGCUGGCACCCGGACCCUGCAAACCCCCAAGGGGACCUUGGGGGAGGUUGGGGCAGAGGAAGAGGAUGCUGAGGAAGAUGAGGAGGGAGAGGAAGCUGGGACAGAGGACGAGGCAGCCGAGGAGAGCCGUCCAGGGACGCAGGGCCCCAGCUCACCUUCCAGCCAGCCCCCUGGACCUCAGCCCCAUGAGUGGACAUACGAGGAACAGUUCAAGCAGCUGUACCAGCUCGAUGCAGACCCCAAGAGGAAGGAAUUUCUGGAUGACCUGUUUAGCUUCAUGCAGAAGAGGGGGACGCCAGUGAACCGUGUGCCCAUCAUGGCGAAGCAGGUGUUGGACCUGUACGCGCUGUUUCGCUUGGUGACUGCAAAGGGCGGCCUAGUGGAAGUCAUCAACCGCAAGGUGUGGAGGGAGGUCACGCGCGGCCUCAGCCUGCCCACCACCAUCACGUCGGCCGCCUUCACUCUACGCACCCAGUACAUGAAGUAUCUGUACCCGUACGAGUGCGAGACGCGGGCCCUCAGCUCCCCGGGAGAACUCCAGGCAGCCAUCGACAGCAACCGGCGCGAGGGCCGUCGUCAAGCUUACAACACCUCCCAGCUCUUCGACUUGGCCCGACCGUCCCUUCGGGGCACUCCGGGCCCCGCCUUAGGUCCUGGCUCCGCCCCUCCCGCCCCGCCGCCCUGCCCUCGCCCCGCCCAGGGCUCCGCAUCAGGUCUGCCGGCGCACGCCUGCGCGCAGCUGAGCCCGAGCCCUGUCAAGAAAGAGGAGAGUGGAAUUCCAACCCCCCCUCGACUGGCACUGCCUGUAGGCCUGGCCUUGGGACCUGCACGGGAGAAGUUGGCACCAGAGGAGCCCCCAGAGAAGAGGGCUGUGUUGAUGGGGCCCACGGACCACUCUCGACCUGGCAUACCCCCCAGUUUUUUGCCUCGUGGCAAGAUUUCCCUGAGGGAAGAGCGGCUGGAUGGGCCUCUCAAUCUGGCAGGCAGUGGUAUCAGCAGUAUCAACAUGGCCCUAGAGAUCAACGGGGUGGUCUACACUGGUGUCCUCUUUGCACGCCGCCAGCCUGUGCCAGCUUCCCAGGGCCCAACCAAUCCUGCACCCCCACCCACUACAGGGCCCCCUUCCAGCACCUCACCCUGA